GUGUGUGUGUGUGAGCGCGGUGCGCGCGUAAAGCCUACCCCUACCUUUCCCUUCAUCCUAUUCCGUAACGUCUUCCUUCCUUACUCCCCUCCCCUUCCCUCCACUCCCUCAACUCCACCCUCGCUGGCUCAGCCUCGCCAUGGCCUCCGCCACAAUCGCGCGCAGUCGUACGUGUGGAGGCGACCUCUCUCCUCCUUACAGCUCGCUGCUUGUCACUCUGCCCGAGCCUGACCUGACUGUGACCGCCCAGAGUUAAUGCCGACCUGAUUCAAGACAAUCUCUAGCGGCAGAUGAGUGUUGGGGAACGUGAGGUCGCCCAUUGUGUGCGGUGGAAGGUGCGUGUCGGGAGCUGGUGGUUCGGGAAUCACCGUGCAUAACUCCGCCGAGAAGGUGGCUCUCCCGCAUGUAUUGAGACCACUGAUACACUCUUGGGUCAAGGAUUAGGUUGGCCGAGCGUCAGGGAGGGGGAGGCCUGCUGUUGUGAAGGCGAACAUCGGCAUCGUGCAACGUUGGUGAGUGCAGCAGACAGGUGGCGGUAACCUGUCGUGCUGCCGUGACGCUGGUCUUGGGAAGUGAUGAGCACCCGUUCCACCCGCUCUGCCACAGUAGUCGAGGGAGUGCCGGCCACGGGAAGGUACAGUGACGGAGCAGCAGCACCUCGGGGUUCUAGACACGUUGUUGUGCCCCCUCUACUUUACGACCAACAAACACCACCUAAUGAGGCUGUUGAUGAAGCCCCCACCAGUGACACCCUAGACGAGGAUACUUACCUGAAACUGUGUGAAAACUUGAAGGGUCUUAAGCUGGGGGACACCGGACUAUCUGAUAGCUUUGAUGAGUCCUUAGAGCGUGAAUCCAAUACCACUGGCACUCAAGAUAGUGACACCGAAUCCUUCUACUCAGUGCAAUCUCAUCGUACCGAGUGGGGCGCCGAUAGCUGCGUAUCAUUUGUUCCCUCAGACUCCAACAGUGAAUCCACCCUUUACGACUCAGCUCAGUCCCUCCAGUCCACUUUACCCGCCCGAAGAAGUCCCUUUCACUUUGUCGUCGGUAAGGAGGAGCGUGGAUAUAAGGAACACCGCAGUAGCUUAAACAUAUUACCUGGACAGCUGUAUGUAAGUGACGCUCUCGUGGAGUACACCAGUUGUCCCGACCUCUCCCCCCUCGAGCAGUAUUAUCGUGCAACCACCGGCUCUCUUUCGCCACCUCCCGCCCCGGCACUCACAGGCAUAGUCACUAGAGGCACCAUGAGCUCUCUAGAUGGAGCUGCAUCCCCGAAAUCGCCCAGAUCUCCCAAAAUCGGAGAGGAAGGGGAGAAGAAGAAAAAAGGGCUUAUGUCGUCCUUCCGCAAAAGCCGCAAAACAGGCCGCAAGCUCCGUCAGCAGAAGAAAUCAGCCGAGGUGGACGCAGCAUCUACAAGCACUGGGGUGAACAGUGAUGGGGAGGUAUUUGACUCCGAGCCCAGCGCUCCCAACAGCCCAGCAUGUGCCAAGAACACGGCUGUGGGCAGCCAUGGAGAUGGAGAGGAUACAGACGAUCCCUCUGUGGUGCCAGACAGCCACGAACGGCUCAAUGGGUCAGCCUCGUCCCCAACUCCGGCUAAAAGCACCAAAGUGGAAGAGGGGGUCAAGAAAGGUGAGGAAAAGGAAGAAAAGAAAAGAGAAAGGUCCAAAUUUGGGAGUUUCUUGCGUAAGGAGAAGAAAACAAAGGCAGAUUCUGCAUCCAAGUCAUCGUUGGUGAGUAACAAUUCCGCUGCUUCCUCCCAGGGCACCGAUCCUUCUCAAGCCAGUGCCGAUGGAGUCUCCACAUCUGAUUCUGCCGAGCUCAAACAGGAGGAGAAAGAAGACACCGCGAAAAAUAAUAGCGAGCAGACGGCUACAGGGGAUGACUCCAACCGCGAGCCUGCGGGUGCCACUCCCACCCCCACUGACACGGCAGCCCGGGCUGAGGCAAGGGGCUCCUCCUUCCGGCCUUACUCCUCCUCCGUUCAGUUUGUGAGGAACUUCACAGUGAACACCAACAUGCCCAAAGACGAGAAAGCUGUCGAGACAAAGCCUGAGCCUGGCCCUGACACCACCGUGGAGGCUGACAAGACAGUGGAGUCUGCCGACGUGAAGAAGAGCGUGAAGCCUGCCAGUACUGAGACAAACUCCAGCAUAGAUAAGCGGGAGCAUCUUUACAAGAUCCUGGUGAUUGGAGAACUUGGCACUGGGAAAACCUCCAUCAUCAAGCGUUAUGUUCAUCAGUUCUUCAGUCAACAUUACCGUGCCACCAUUGGGGUUGACUUUGCCCUCAAGGUGCUCAACUGGGACAACAACACUGUGAUCCGCCUCCAGCUGUGGGAUAUUGCUGGUCAAGAGCGGUUUGGGAACAUGACACGAGUGUACUACAAGGAGGCAGUUGGGGCUUUUGUAGUGUUUGAUGUAACACGUUCACAAACUUUUGAUGCAGUAACCAAAUGGAAGACUGACCUGGACACUAAAGUUACCUUGGCUGAUGGAUCACCAAUUCCUACUGUCCUUUUGGCUAACAAGUGUGACCAGCCAAAGGAAGGUGUUGUAAACAACCCAGCACGGAUGGAUGAUUAUUGUAGAGAAAGAGGUUUCAGUGGCUGGUUUGAGACCUCAGCCAAGGAAAAUAUCAACAUAGAUGAGGCUUCACGUUUCCUUGUCAACAGAAUCUUGAACAAUGAGAAGCAAGGCAUGAUGAUGACAGAGAGCUUGGAUGCUGACAAAUUCUCAGUGGAUGGGAAGGCCAACCAGGUUGACAAGGGUGGAUGUCUCUGCUAGUGAUAGGUGAGGGGCAUAUUUGACCAUGGAAAAUGACUAGGGGGGAGAUUGUUAUUUUGCCUUUUCAUCUAAUUUUAAAACAUUUAUUCGUUCAUUGCAGAUGAAUGCUAAUAUUUGCUUAGGACUUUGCAUCUAUAUAAAAGUUUGUGGUGAGAUACAUGGCAACAAAACCUCUUGAACCUUAUGAAUUUUUUAGAAGUCUUUUCUUUAUUGUAAGCAAUUGUUACAUAAUUUCCUGGUGGAUCCAUAAGGCAUCUAAUGAAGUGAUGGUGUCUGUAAAUCAUCACAUGUGUGGAGGACAGAGCUGGCCUUCCUCCCUCACUGUUCCUGAGAGCAUGAGUCAUUUUUGUCUUCUAGGAUUAACAGUUUAUGCAUUUUGAUAAUUUUGACAGGACAUAUCUUUAGGCUCUUUAGUCAUUGCCUUUUAUCCCUAGUUUUGUUUAUCAUAUAAAAUAUCUGUAGCUUACUUGUUUUCUGAUAAUUUUAUAUAAUCCUAAUUGAAUGUAGACAUUUACUGCUUGAUUCUCAUUUUAACAACUAGAAUAACACUCAUUUCUAAUGUUGCCUUCAGUCUGAAGUAUCAAAAUGUUUAUUUAAUGUUUCUUAUUUUACAAAAAAGUGAAAUAUUAAAAAAGCUGAUCUUAUUAAAAGUAUGUAAAGUAGCAUUAAGAAACCCAACCUGAGCCAGGUGUUUUUGUGUGAUUGAAGCUGCAACAAAGCACACCUGUGGCUGGUGCUGCUGAGUGUACUGGUAGGGACUGCCAGGACCAGGACUGGAUCUGCUACCGUCUUGACAUGUGGUGUGCAGUGUGUUGGAGUUGCUUAACUAUGCUGCCACAAACUUGACCGUGAUCCCCCUGCCAGACUUGAAUUGACAGUGUGUUCAUUGAUGCAGCUCUGUCUCUAAUAGAUGAAUGCAUUUAACUCAAGGUCUGAAAUGGCUGACCAUUACUAAUUUUUAUGCAGGAAUAUUUUUCAUAUCAGUAGAAUUUUUGGACCAAUUCAUGUGAUAAAUCAUGGUGUACAAAUUUUAUAUUAUGAUAACUGAAAAUUAAUUCAGUAUAAAGAGUGACAGUUACUGUCAUCUGAAACUAGAAAAUUGUCAUAAUUACAAUCCUCAGCUAUAUUAUGAAAAUUUCUACUUGCCAUUGUUUGUCAAGAUUACUUAAAUGGUAUCUUAUUCCAGUACUAUUUCUAGUCUGUAAAGGUCAUUAUGCAUUUGUAUUUUUAAAUAAUGCAUGUGCACAUUUGCUGAUAUUAUUAUUUUCACAUGUUACUUUCUCAUCUAAUGAGAUUUAUUUACAUGUAUUAUUGUUUUAUUUGUUUGUUUUAUGAAAUUUUCUUGGAAUGAGUUAUUGAUUUUUUUUUUAUCUUACACCAUUUAAUCUUCAGAUUUCUUUUCUUUCAUGGUGCCUAUCUUAGCGAAUCUGUUUUAAUGCAGCUAAAAUAACUGUACUAUUUUUAUCAAAUUAUCUUGUAUGGAUUGCAUACAUAUGUACAUACUUACCAUCAUACUAGUUCUUGCUCUUACAAAUGGCAAAAAGUAAAUUCACUGAAUUGCAUCAAUGUGCAUCAUACUCAGUAAAUGCUUUUGUGAGGAGAGCAGAUUCAUUGUGUCUCAUAAUGACUUAUUUAAUUAUUUAUGAAAAAGAAAUCUAUACAAAGAUUUACCUCCUUUCCUUUUUUUUAUUUUUUAUUUUUGCAUAUUAAAUAAUGUCUUUUUAUUGUAAUUUUUCUAUGAGGAUAAGAUCUUUUCUGAAAUUAAUGAAUGGCAUAGCAUUUGUAUAUUUAUAUAAUUGGCCCUUCAUGACAUCAUAGGAAUUUACCUAUACAUUUUGCUUAGUGGUCACCUCAGGAUUGUCAUGGGACAUGGAUGGAUCUCAAGUGUCUAGUUUGCCAUACACUGGAACAAGUGUUAUGUGUUUGGUUGUAAAGACAUGAAAUGCAUUUUUUAAAAGGCAACCUCAUGCUUCAGUGCUUCAAAUUGAACACAGCUGACUUAUAACUAAUAUCAGUUCAAAGCCAUUGAUGUUAUGUUUUACCUAGUUCAAUUUCUCUGUUGGAGUAACUGUUUCAGAACUUCAAGAUUUUUUUCUGUGUCAGCAAUCUUAGAGAAACACGUGAUCUUCCAUCAUGAGUUUCUCUUCCAUCUCCAAGAUGUAAACAUUGUAAAUUUAUAGAUAUACCUUGAAUAUUUAUUUCCAAGAUGUAAACAUUGUAAAUUUAUAGAUACAUCUUGAAUGUUUGAAGUGCCUAGAGCCAGAGUGAUAUAGGUGUUAAAAAUUAACAAUGAAGAAAAACACUGUUUUAGUUUUGCAGGUUUCAAAAUGUGAUAUCUUUUCCAUGGAUUGAGAUAGAAAGUAAUGAUUGAUAUCAACAUAUUCUGUAAUUUAUGCUCUUUACAACUAUUUAGUUGAAUUACAUUAUGAAGUUACAAUUAAAUUACAUUAUUGAAAAUAAAUAGAUGACUGCAUUUUUUCUUCAAUAUGAUUUUGUUAAGGAUAUCACACAGCUAUAUUAAAAUUGUAUCUAGUGCCCACACAUUCUUUAUUUCCUUUAUUCUAUCAAGUUGUUUUAUUUUCUCUGUACUAAUAGGGGAAUCACAACCAUUAAGAGUCUUCUCUUUAGUGAAUUCAUCAAUUUUAUGUAGAAAAAUGUGAGCAACAUGCAAGCACUUCCUAAGAUAAACACAAACAAAGAGUAUGAUACAAGUUUAAAAGUGAAACUGGAAGAAACUAAAAAAAAGAACUAAUAAGCGUUAUGAAAAUAUAUUGGUUUUAAAGGAUAAUAGAAUAUAAAGGAAUAAUAAAAUCAUUCAAUACUUUCAAAGCUCAUGUAGGCUUCCUUGAUACUUGUUUGUCUUUUAGCAAUAUUUUCUUCCAUUUUUCUUCCUCUGGAGGGUCCUGGCUCCUCAGGAGGUAUGCUGUUGUCCCCCAUAAUAAUGAAAGGCUUACAUUUUGUGUGAAAACAAAAUUAAGACAGCAGCCUGUCAUUCAAGGGUAGCAAGUAGGCUGGAGGGAGGGAGAGUGUGAAGUGUGUGGGUGUGGUAAUGGGGAGGUGUCCUGGCAUGACAUGUCACUUGUCACAUGUCAUUUGCUGGCUCUUCCUGUGCUGCUGUGGUGAGGGGGUUACUUCUCUCUGGCCCCAGCAGCUGAUAGCUAUCACUCAAGCACAACAAGAAGAUUCCAUGGAUAAUUUCACUUGGAUGGAUUUUUGACCCCAUUACAGGUCCAUUCUGACUUCUACACUCUCUCCCAUCACGUGGGAAGACAAUGCAAUAAAAAUAAUAAUUUUGGCCACAAGGUCACUUAUGUCACUCUGGUUCUGGGCACCUCUUUUGCCCUGUUAGUUAUUUUUCCCUUUUCAAAAACCUUUAAAACCUUUGGUUAUCAUUAGGUAAGAUUUUAUGCUUAUUUUAAGUUUUAUCCAUUAAUCUUUUUGAACCAUUAGCUUACACUGGUUGACUAAUUGACUAAUUUCCAUGCCAACACACAUCAACAUUCGUCCAGUAGAAAGCUUCAGAGUGCUGCUGAAGCAAACGAACCUGUAAUGAAUACAAUAAUUCAGGCUGUUUUACCCUUGAUGCCACCCACUCUCACUCGUCCAAUAUUGUAUAUUAAGAAAUGUAUUUUAGAUUUUUUUGUAUUAAGACUAAGGUUAGAUAAUUAAUUACUGAAGUUUUAUGUCAGCCUUGUUUCUGUAUUACAUUUGAAAAACCUCAGCUAGCUGGCAUCCAACAGUAUGGUAUUACCAUGGAACUGGUAUAAAUGAUAAUAAAGAAACUGCAAUUUUUUGUAAUGAAAAAUUGAAAAUCACAAAUACAAGUUUAAUCGGCCAUUUGCUGAUGUACUUAGUUAAAGUUGUGGCAUAGCAGUGUCUGGCACCAUCACACUCUAUCAUUUGGCCAUUGCUGGUGUUUCAGGGGCAAGUGCCAGUGUCAUUGGAUACUAGCUAUCUAACUAUUCUCUUUAUCACCUCAGAAAUUCAGACAAGUUCUGCUUGACAGUCUUACCUCAGAUGCAUAUUGUACAACUUAUGGUUACGCAAAGAUUUUGAAUGUAAAUCCAGAGUAACUUGUGCACUUGAAUGAUUUGCUCCCAAUCCUGUCAUUAGUGUAAUGCUAACCAGUCACUAAAUUUGAAUACUGACUUAAUUCCCUUGGAUAAUGAUAAGCAAGUCCCUUGAUAUAUAUUUUAUUCUUUAAUAAGAUCAGGGUUUUAACUACUUGAAGAAAAAGCACAGGUUAGUGCUAUGCAUUUAUUAUAAAUUUUUAGGGAAGGGGAUAUGUAUUCAUAACAUAUGAGAAUAUACCUAUGAGUAUAUGUAUAUACAUAUGAUAUAUACUUACUCAAUUAUUUUAUGCCACUUGCUUGCUGUCAAGUACAUUUUUUUUAUAUAUAUUCAAGAUAUAAAAUAGAACCUCAUUAAAAAUAAUGUUUUGUAAAUCAAGAAAUACCUGAUGUACAAAAUAAUGCUUUUGUAUAGCUUCCUUUUCAUCGUAAUUUCCUCUAUUUUCAGAGGUUUACAUUAUCUACUGUAUUUGGUGUUGUGGACUCCAGUGCAAUAAUCUUACUACCUGAAGAUAUUUGAACAUACAAUCACUGUCACUGGGUAAUUUCCUCUCAAGCUGAUUUGCAAAAAUAUUUCCUAGCUGUUUUUGAAGGUGUGGUAAACUGACUCUGUAUUCUUACUAAAAUUCUUAUUUAUCUUGAAAGUACCAUACUAUACAAAUAGAGGUAACUCACUAUCUUGCAAAUAAAUAAGGCUUGCAGGAAAAAUACAAAAUCAGAAUGUCACAGGUUUCAAAGGAAGAUAAGAAUAUGAUGGGCAAUCAGCAGAUGAGGGCAUCACUCAAUGACUGUUGCAAUGUUCAAAUGUCUCCAUGUGGCAAAAUCUCUGUGCUGCAAUCCAUGAUGCAGAGCCUAGUUAUAUCAUUGGUGGGUUCUUUAUUUGAACAGUAAAACCAAAUGGUAGUUGCUAUGAAAUAGUCUGGACUACACCUUUUGCUUAGCCACAAUAGGCUUAGCAGUAUUCUUUAAAAGUUAGCAUAGCUUAUAGACAAGAUGUGUUACCUUAAUUCAACAAGAGAUGAGGUCACUAUAUGGUAGAUUGUAUAUGAAUUCAAAUACUUGUACAUUAUUCUAUUUGGUAUAAAUUUUUAAAUGCAACAACAUUGAAAAUGAAAUAGAAAUAAAGAUUUGUCCCUUCACGGCAGUGAGACUGAUAUCAUUACCUGUUCAAAUAUGAAAUAAAAGAAUUCUUAUUGAGAAUAGAAUUUGGAUGAAAUCUUUACUUGUAGCUCAACUGGAACAUUUGCUUUAUUUAUUGUAAUAUUCUUAUUAAUAUAACACUUGUACUACAUAAUAUGGUUUUAAUAGUAUCAGUCAUGAAUGUGAUAUUACUUAGAGACCAAUGUUACCAUCAAUCCAGUCACAAAGCAGAAGAUGUUGUGGUGCAAGGCUGAUGAACCAACUGGUGAUAAUUUCUUCCCAUUACCACAACACAGCACUGUGUGUAUGUGUGUGUGUGUGUGUGUGUGUGUUAAAGAGAUGUAAUAGCAUUGUGCUGUAUAUAAACAAAAACUGUUGAAUAUUUACUUACUGUACCCGUGGUUAUUUCAUGAGACAUUUGGGCAGAGCCCAUCCUGUAUUUUGUCACUUGUUACAAACAUUCUGGUAUUUUGUGUGUAUCCUUGCUGCAGAUGGCAAUAAAUAUUGCUUCAUAA